CAGGGGAGUUUGGAAACAGGGGAGAAAGGCUGUUGUUCUGCGCCGGGAGAAAAGAUAUUACCUUGUAAGACAUCUGGCGGAGGAUAACUUAUUUUGUGCCGUCAAAGUGAGCGUAUGAGCAGGGAUUUCAGGCUUUCAGUGUUCGCGUCGGUGGGUAAUGGUCAACAGCUGAAAGCCAGUUUGUGAAUUACUCGGGAAUUUCUCGUAAAAUGGUGUUUUGUGAAGUACCUGCGCAUGCGUGACCAACGGAGGAUGUGAUGAUGGGAGGUAUUAUCCGGGACAGAGCUCUCCUCUCCCGGUCCCCUUCUCCAGACAAGGGCACCAGUGGUAGCCCACCGAGAACCUCUUCCUCCAAGACUUUAGUACCUGGAACCCCAGAACACCGCAGAAGGCAGCGCAAUCACCUUCCAGUAGGGGAAGAACCGACUCUAGAUAGUGCACAUUCAAGCAAGGAGGCUGUUCGAAAGGUUGACCUCGAAUCUAACGGGUCCUCACUUUCGAGGACCGGGAGUUCUGGCGAUGGAGGCCACUUAGCGAGGUCAAGAAGUCGCCCCCUAGGGAUAUCAUCCUCCUCCCCGGGGACUUCAAGAAACAAAGGACACCCGUAUCCUUCAGGUGACAGGCUUCCUGAAGGUGUCGGUAGUGGGUUUAGUUACAUAGCAGAAAGGGAAGAGGAAGAAGGAGAGCACAAAGAAAACGUAGAGGAGGAGCUAUACUCGAAUCCAACUCAGCCUCCACUACCACUUCAUCCCAAACUCGAGGCCCUUCGACGGUACGUCCGUCGGGAUUCUUGCGACAGCCAUAUUUCCAACCUCUCGGGACAGUGGGCGCCCAUCAGUCGAGAGUCCAGCCGGGACUCGCUCUGUCUGAGCAAAGGGUGGCUCAGCAGGCAACAGAGCGACGCGUCCUUAGCAUCCUCCGAGCUGUCCUACGGCACUUCAGCGUCUGGUCGUUGGUCCUCUGCUCUGCAGCGUCUCGGCGAAAGAAAAGGUGACAUCCCUCCCGAAUCUUACCUCCAGCAGCACCGUAACUCCAGCGCUUCCACCGCUUCGUCCUCUAACUGGCAGUGGUCCUCGAGCACCCCCGACGAGCUAGUUGCGGCCUUACGCUCGCCCUCUGCCCGCCUCUAUAGCGCCCUCAAGCGCAAACUCCACGAGAGGAACUCCAGUUGGGUGCAGGAGUUCCUGCGAUUGGACGGGCUUGCCGUUCUCUUUGAUUCAUUGGCCGGCCUCUGCGAAAGAGGACUCAAUAAAUUCACUGACGCUAUACUUCAAGUCGAGUGUGUUUCAGCCAUAAGAGCCGUGAUGGAUUCCCGAAUUGGUCUGGAUUACAUCGUUGAAAACAAGGAGUACACUACAAAAUUAGCCGCAGCUUUGGAUACCAACAAUGUCACCAUCAAGAAGCAAGUGUUCGAGCUCCUGUCUGCCCUGUGUGUGUACAACGCCGACGGGCAUAAUCGUGCCCUCGAUGCCCUCGAACACUACAAGGUGCUGAAGGCGGAGAGGUAUCGGUUCCGAGUGGUGGUAGCAGAGCUGAAGUCCUCCACGACAGCUGAGUACAGCACAGCCCUGGUUGCCUUCAUCAAUUGCAUCAUCAUCUCCACGCAACUGCUCAAAGACAGAAUAAGAAUAAGAAAUGAAUUUAUUGGUUUGAAAGUCUUGGAUGUCAUUAGCAGAUUAAGACAAGAUGCUGUCAACGACUCCGAUCUGGCGGUGCAGCUGGACGUGUUCGACGAGCAAAGAGACACAGACGAGGCCCAGAUAUCAGGCCCCGACGGCGUCGAUCUUAGCUCGCCUAUGGACGUCUUCUAUGCCAUCCUCAGACAAGUUGCUGAAACUCCCCAAGAAAUUCCCUUCUUGAGCAUCCUUCAGCAUCUACUGAGAAUAGACCCGAAGGAGCCGAUCAGCGAUGUCAUUUGGGACACAGCGGAGAAGCUCCUGCACAGAUCCACUCUCCUGGAGGACGCCAAGGACUCCGCCCGACUCCUGAGAGCGCCCUCCCACAAGUCCCUGACCAAGCUGAAGGUGGGAGACGCCAGCAGGUGUCUGUGUUCGUGCCACAGGGACGACCCCAAGUCCAGGAAGCAUUCCCUCAACCUCAACCUCAACUCCGGUCUGUCGGUUUCGACUCUCACUUCUCCCGUAGGAGAACCUGCACCGCCUUUACCGCCGCCGCUACCGGGAGGGUGUGGCCCAGCUCCUCCGCCUCCACCAUUACCUCCUGGAGGAGGGCCACCAGCGCCUCCUCCUCCUCCACCAGGUGGUCCACCUCCACCACCGUUGCCUCCAGGAUUAGGACCAGGUGGUCCACCACCACCUCCUCCUCCAGGGGGAUGCCCUCCUCCUCCUCCUCCUCCUCUCGGAGGACCCCCUCCACCGCCUGGUCUUCCCCUCAGGAAUAAAGCAGCUCCCCUAGACAAAGUUCGUCUGCCCCAAAUGGAGACCCCGAAGCCUCGAUCCAAGAUGAAGACUUUCAAUUGGAAUAAAAUCCCUGAUAACAAGGUUUUAGGUAAAAACAACAUCUGGUCUCUCUUGGCUCGGCAACACAAGGAUUCUCCAUCGAAGGCUUUGGAUUGGGAUGAGAUGGAGGGUUUGUUCUGUCAGCAAACUACUUCUGCACCUGCGUCGCCUAACAAGGCUUCGAAAGAUCACAAGGAUGAAGUGGAGAAGAAGAAGAAGGAACCCACUGAGAUUAAUCUUUUAGAUGGAAAGCGCUCCCUGAAUGUCAACAUCUUCCUCAAGCAGUUCAGAGUCUCGAAUGAGGAAAUCAUGGAUAUGAUCCGAAACGGAGAACACAGCGACAUCGGCGCCGAGAAGCUGCGAGGCCUCCUGAAGAUCUUGCCCGAAUCCGACGAGAUGGAGAUGCUCAGGAAUUUCGACGGAGAUCGCUCCAAACUCGCCAAUGCUGAGAAGUUCCUCCUCAUGCUGAUGGAAGUCCCACAAUACAAACUUCGCAUCGAAGCCAUGUUGUUGAAGGAGGAGUUCGAAGCCACCAUGGAUCAGAUCGAGCCCUCGAUCAAUGCCUUCAUCUACGCUGGCAGAGACAUUAUUGCCAACCCACACCUACAGGAGGUUCUUUACAUGGUCCUUGUAGCCGGCAAUUUCCUCAAUAGCGGUGGAUACGCUGGCAAUGCAGCGGGUAUGAAACUGUCUUCUCUCCAGAAGCUUACGGACAUCAGGGCAAACAAACCAGGAAUGACUCUCCUCCAUUACGUUGUCCAGCAAACUCAGAGGAGAGACCCCGACCUUCUGAAAUUCCCUGAGGAGAUGUCCUGUUUGGAAGAGGCCACCAAGAACACACUGGAUCAGCUGGUAAUGGAGAAGAAUCAGUUAGAUGCCCGCAUCGCCAAACUGUCAACCCAGCUCAGCCACCCAAACACACCAAAGGAUAUCAUCGACCAGAUAGGAGAUUUCUUAAAGGUGGCAGCAGCUGAACUCAAUUCCCUCAAUGAAGGAAUUGCAGAAGUAGCAAAAGUAAAGGUCGAAGUUGCCGAAUACCUCUGUGAAGACCCCAACACCUUCAAGAUUGAAGAGUGUUUCAAGAUACUCUACAACUUCUGCACGAGGUUUAAGCAAGCCACUGAAAAUGAGAGGAGGAGACAGCAGGAGGAGCAGGCAGAGAUCAGGAGAAGAAUGCGCGAAGAAAAUGCUGUCAAACGUCGACCAUCAUCUCAAGGGGGACAACCACGACCUGGUUCAUACAGUGGUUCAGAAUCUGAAGUCAACAUUGUGGAGAAUCUCCUGUCUGACAUCCGCUCAGGCUUCACACAGAGGAAAUAUGCAGAAAUGGCUAUAAAUAAAAGCAAAAAAGGCAAGAAGAAUGAUGCCAGUCAGAAUGGAGGAAUGACAUCUGAAGACGAGCCAUCUGCCUGUAACUCUCCACGACUAAACAGACGCCGCAUGGGAUCAUUUUCUGGCCCAACUGGACCGCAGGGAGACAGCUUCGUUAAUGAUAAUUCACCAGAUGUAACACCAAAUGGUAGCCUUCGCAGAAGAAGGUCAAGAGUCCCUUCUGAAGAAAAUGAUCACGAGCUUAUGGAUUACCUUCAUACAGCUGGACAUGAUGGAUCAAGAGAGAGGAAAUCUUGGACUGGAAUGGCAGAAGGUUAUGGUUCUCUUGAUCGGUCAUUUGCAAGGAGAGCCCGCGGAGGGGGUAGAAAUCGCCCAAGCCUCUUGGCUUCAGAGUCAUCAUGUGAGAGGGAACGUCCAGCAUCUCCGUCCACAAAUCCAGAUCAUAAGCCUGAGUUACCGGAUCAACAUAGGCCAAGUAAAAACUGGCGUCAGAAGAUAGAAUCUUGGUUCAAAGAAAAUGAGAAAGAAGAACGCCGAUCUGAGCUCAAGAGAAGACUUCACCAGCAUCGCAAAUCGCUUGAUUUGGACACAGUUUCACUUGAUGAGGGUGGCAGUGGUAAUACUGGUUUAGGGAGCAGUGGUGGCAUAGGGCCUUCCUUGGGAACUCUUCCAGAGGACCAGCCAUCCGAGGAAACCCAAAGUGGCUACCAGCGUGUCUAUCGGGACUGGAGACCCUCUGUGGAAAAAACAGAUGUUGUUGGUGCAAUGGAAGCAAUUGAAGAAGCCCAGUCUCCUUUACCAUCUAAAGAAAAGGAUAAAAGUCCAUGGAGGAAAAGUAAUUUAAAUGUCUCCAAUUCAAGUGAAGCAACAAAAGAAAAUCCACCAUCCACUAAUGCAUCUUCAGCCAGUUCUGCAACAAACACAGCUGCAAGGAGGUUGAGGAGAAUGAGAUCAAGAUCCAACAUUGAGCCAGGACAAGUUGUUCAAGCAGUACAAGGAUAUGAUGACCCUUUAGAUGAUCAGGAUGAUGCCUCCAGCAGACGAUCUUCACUGAUUCAAGCUUUAGGCCGGCAUGACUCGCAGGAUACACUAAAGUUAUACAUUCGUCGACCAUCACAGGAUGAAAAGAAGAAAAACUCAGCAUUCCAAGAUAGCAGUGAUGAAGAAAUUGAAAACGAGUCUCCCCGUCGUGGAUCAGCACCUGCACAAUCCCUUGCUGAUGAUUCACCAUCAAGCAGGUCUGAACAGCUAAUACAGAAGUACAGGCAUUCAGUGGAUGUAUCAGCCGACAUCUUGCGUUCAAUAGAAAAGAUUGAGCCAAGCCCAGGAAGAAGCACUGAAGAGUCAAGGCGUGAAAAGCGAGUAUAUUCACGCACCAUGACACCAUCAAGCCUAAGGUCUGCUUUACAACAAAGAUUGAAGGACAACCUUCCAGCUUCUCAUAUAGCUGGAACUAUUUGCUCUUUAGGAACUGAAUCUGUAGAGCUCCCAGAAGAAGAUGAAGAGAAAGCACAGGAAGAACGUAAAGAGAGUGUUAUUGAAGAUCAAAAGCUUCUCCCACCAUCUAUUCCUCGUCAUUUACGACGGUCGUCAAGAGAGGAAGGAAAAUUGGAUAAAAUUGAAAUAGAUGCAGAGAAUAUUGAAACCCCCCCAGUAACCAGAAGAGCUUUUACAAUGAGAAGCUUUCGAUCACCCUCUGACUCUAGGUGGGUGAAUCCUGAGCAAGAGGAGACUGAAGAUCUUGAUCUGCGGCGGGGAAUCUCUAGAUUUCGGAGCUUAACAAGUGAGGGUAGACGUUCACUAGUGGGAGAAAGAAAAUUUACUUCUGACAAUGAAGGUGGUAAGCAGAAACUAAGGUCUGGUAUUGACAGCUCUGAGAAUGAAGGAGCUGGCAGUGAGUUUGAGGAGAGAGGUACUGCAAGACGCUCUCAGCGUUUUAAAAGAUUAGCAGAUUUGGCCAAAGACGGAGAUAGCGAGACAGAACAAAUGCUUGCUCGUCAGAAGGAACGUCCCUCUUCUGUUGGUGAUGAUGAUUGUCUUGGAGAUGGUAAUUUUGACAGAUUUUCCUCUGUUCGGAAAACUUUAAGGCAUAAGAAGACUCAAGACAAAUCAGAAUUAAAACAGAGUGAAUCCCACGAUGAAAACGACUAUUCUUCACAUCAAGCUGAGAAAGCAAGAGGUGAGGGAUCAGGUAAAACACCACGUGCUUCACCAGAACGGCACAUACCUCAGGAAGAAGGAUCAACUGUAGAAAAACUUCACACAAAUGUACACCAAGCUGUAACAACUGAAAUUCCUCAAGAACAACAUGAAGAUAAAAAUUCACGACUAAAACGGUGGCAGCGAAUCAAAGAAACUAAAGCAGACGAUGAAUCGGGUAGUACUAAGGCUCAAGAGACAGACACUUGGAAAGAACGAAUCACUCGGCGUUUCAAACCCAGUGGUGAUAAAUAUGAUGUACAACGUGCAAUGGAAGAACACAAAAAUAAAAAUUCCAAAAAUGAGCUUCAUCCUCCUGCUUCAGAACGGCUUCAGCGUAAAAAGCAAGACACAGUUGCUCGUGGACUUGAAACAAGAGGCUCUUUCCGAUCAACUUCUGGAGUUAGUGAAUUGCGUAGAGAGAGAAGAGAUCGGGCUCGAAGUGCCAUUGAUCCUUCACAAGUACGACAGGCUCUAGACAAAGAGAAAGAGAAAGAGAAAGCUAAAAAACGUUCAGUAUUUGGAGACUCUUCUCGAGGGGUUAGCAAAUUGUUUUCUAAACUUGAAACCAAAGAAACUCCUACCAUUCGCCGUGGUGAAAGACAAACUAGGUCUCUUAUUGAUAAUGGCACCAAAAGCAAAAAUCGUAACUCAACCAAAGAAGUUGAUGAAGGAUUUGAAGAUACAGGAAGCUUGAAAUCAGAUUCAACCAGUCAAGGAGCAUCAUCAACUGGUGAUGUUCGAGAUUCUGCUGUAGACAAAAGAAAUAAUCUUUUGAAGACUGAGCAAAGUAAUGUUAAAAUUGAAAAUUAUGUUGAGAGUAGAAGUCAAUCAGCUGAUAAAAAUAACCUAAAUGCAUUUAAGAGAGCAGAAAAAUCUGGUUCACGUUCAAGUUUGCGUUCCUCACGGUCAUCAUUAACUUCAGCAGCUUCUGUAAAUACAGUGAGGCCUGCUCGACCACCCUCAAAAUCACCAAGCACAGCUAGCAUGGUCAGUAACAAAUCUGAUUCUAGUAGCAUUAGAGCACAUGGAAAAAUAUCUGGCUAUUCCUCAACCUUUAAGAACCUUACAAAGAGUCUUCGUAUGAACCGUGGUACCGAGAGUUAUGAUAAUACUCAGAGCUCUCCAUGUAGCCCAAAAGGUGACACCAAUCAGCCUCAGUUUUUGGAUGAUCACACAAGAUCUUCUGGAUCACUUCAGAGUUCAGGAGGUGCUACUCCUAACCGGCCACUGUCUCGAGCAGACUCCACUCGCUCAACAGGGUCACUCAGCAAACAGUCUAGCGAAGGAUCUUUGAGAAAAGGUAUAUCGUCUAAUGUUCGGACUUCAAGUAGUAUAGGAAAAAUUAAUAACAUUAACAACAAUAAUACCAGAUCAAAACGGCCACUGGCUCCAGCUCAGGUACGCUCUCUUACCACAAAUGAUAGUCGUAGUCGAAACACAAGUGGCUCUUUACGGAAAACUCCAAAUUCAUCUACAUCAGUCAAAGUAAAACGGGGUGACUCUGGAAGCUCUAAGGAAAACUUGUCACGUUCUAAUUCUGGAAACAGUAGGGCUGGUGGAACAAAUCGAACUACAGCACAUCUGUCCACAGGAUCAAAACCUUUAGUUGAUCGUUCUUCCAGUUUCCGUUCUUCACCACCUAAACCAGAAUUAUCAACCAGACGGUCAACUGGGGGCUCAAUGAAAAGUAUAUCCUCUAAGAAAGGUGAUAUCCCUGCUUUCAUGAGACCUACAACAUCAUCAUCAUCGAAAGUUAGUGCUGGGGACUCGGCAACACCAGUGAAGAAAGUAAAGGUUGUAUCUAGAAACAUUACUUUGUCAACACCCAGGACUGUUAUAAAAUGAUCAGUUGCGUUUAACCUUUCUUAGGAAAUUGAACAAGCCGUUCCAUAAAAUAUUUCGUCAAAGGGACAGGUUCUGAGAAAAAGGACAAACCCCUCCAGGCUAGUGUAACAAAGCUCUCUGGUUUUUCUGGAGGAUGAGCUCCACUUCCUAGGAAUUUCUGUUCAUAGAACAAAAAAAUUGGUUUAAUAGCUCUCAAUGUCUUUCCUGACCCAUAGGCUAUUAAAUACUACUUUGUGUAGUCCACCUUUAAGUGCAAUGGACGUGAUGACUUUGUGCCAUGAGUAUAUUAUGAUGUGAUAUGAUGGGCUACCAAACUUUUACCAAAUACUUAAUGCUAUGACUGCUGCUGAAGUUUUAUAUUAAAAGCUUUGAAUUCAAAGAUAAGAUGGUGCUGAUAAUAGUUCUUUUGAGCAGCCAUCUCCUCUAGUAAUUUUUUCACUCUUGGUAAAUACCUAAUACUAUAUGCAACAAAUCCUAAUGCGGGUGGUCUGUAAGACUGUCAUAUAUUAUUAGCAUGCUCCGCUGUUUUUUUUUUAUUAUUAUUAAUUUCAAGCCAAUUUAUAAAAAGUGCCACACUUUUUAUGUGCUCUUUUACUGAUACUAGUUACUUUUCAGUUAAUACUUUUGUGUGAAUUAAUUUCUUGUCCAAAUAUUUAAUGUGUAAAUUUUUUACACAGUAUCUGUGAUGUAAUACAUGUGAAUAUAGGUGCAGCCCUAAUUCACAAAUACAGUACAUUGUUUUCAAAAUUUAAUUUCUUGUCUGUUGGUCAGUAUUUUAUAUAAGGAGAAAUAUAUUUGGCAGAACUCUUUGACCAGGGGCAGAACUUGAAAACCGUUGGGAAUAAAUUACUACAUACAUGUUAAUGAAUAAGAUAUAUAUAUAUAUAUUUUAGAUAAAUUACGACCAUUCAGUUCUUCAAAAGCUGUGAUUCCAGUUGUAGUAAAAUAAUAAACAAGUCAAUGUAAUUCUAGUAACAUGUAUGUAACUUGUUCCUAAUCUUGUAUGAACAGAAUCAUUGUUGUGUAACAUGUAGCAAUGCUAUGCCUUGUCCAAAUUAAUGUAUGGUAAUAAUGUUAAUUUUUAGGAUCAAUGGCUUGGCUGUAAAUAAAAUGCCUCUAAUUCCGCAGCUACUUUUUAUAUUGAUGCUAAUUGCAUGCUUCUUUUGAGGCUGAUGUAUAUUAACCUUUAAUUCCUUUCAGAAGGAAAACAGCAUUUAUGUACAUUUUGUAUAACAUAGUGAUUACAUAUUCAGUACUAUAUAGAAAUUAACUUGUGACAUUGUGAAAAACGAUUUAUUGUACAUAGAUUUAGAGUGCUAUAUUUAAAACUAUUACACAGUUGUGUUGAAUUUUUUAUAAUUUUAUAAGGAUUUGCCAGGAUGUACAGUAUAUAUUUAGUAUCAAAUCAAAAUAAUUUUGAUAAGCUAUAAAGCCAUAUUAAAGUCUGAUACAUACGUAUAUACUGUAAUUUUUAUUGGAUCAACAGCAUGCUGAAUGCUGCCUGAAGCAUGUCACUUGAUACAAGUCUGUGUCAAAAUAAUCUUUAUGUAUAGAAAAACCUCAUGUUGUAUUUGAUUUUUAUCUAAAAUACCAAAUGUUAUUAUUGCUACAGUGUCCGCAGCUUUGUUGUUUAGCUAACACUGUAAAGGUUGUACGUACUUACUUCUAUACUAUUUGGAAUUGUUAUAUCGUGACCACGUUGUAAAUUAAUGUGCCAAAAGUGUAUAACUGGUCUGAGUCACCACAAAGGCUCUACUCUUGAGUCUAAUUAAACACUAGUGUUCAAGAUGUAUUGCUGUUAUAUAACAGUCUUAAAGCAUUGGGAUAUAUCUACUCCCAAAACAGAUUAAUGUUGAAAUCCAGCUUUUAUUUGAUGAUUUAAAAGUUGAAUAGCUUUUAAUGAAAAUAGCAGUAUUUUAGGAACCUUACAGUAUCUCUCCUGAGCUGUAUUUCAAGGCUUUAGGCAUAGUAUCUUUUGCCUGAGAAUGCUCAGAUGACUUCUAAGGAGCUCUGGAGUAGCUAUAAUUUGUAAAUCUUUCAAUAUGUUGUCUAAAGCAUUGACAACACAACUCCUCAGAGUUGAAAUCCAGUUUUCUGCCAAGCAUUUCUGUUUGGCUCAAAUGGUGCUGUUUGCAUAAUGAAGUGAAACGGCAUUCUGCAAGUAAUUGACGCUUUAUAAAUAUUUUUUAUAAUCUUGUUCAGUAAGUCAGGGCUUAACACGUGUAUUUAUUUUGCUGUAAUACUGUACUGUACUAAUGUUAUUUAUUUUAAGUCAUUAACUGGCAUCAGUGUACCACACAUUAUACUUCAAAGUAACUAGUGUACAUUUUUACAAUAAAUUCAUAUUCA